AAGACGCAGAGAUGGGGAAGCGAGUGCCGAGAUGUCGACAGAUCUUAGGGCAAAGACAUUUUCAUAUGGCAAAGAGUGAGAACAGGAUCAAGGAGAUUACACUGACAUAGAGAAUCCUUUCUUACCUUCAAUCAAAAACUGGAGAAGGCCCAAACCUCACGCGUGGUAACGGCCAUUUUCACAUCGCGUCCCACAGUAUGCGAGAAUCCAUCUUCUCUUGCUCUAUGCCCCGACCUCAGUUCCAAUUUCAGUGACCGACCCUCUUUCUCUUACCAAGACACUAACGCAAAAGCCGAGCCCGGAGUCCAAUCACACGCCUUCGCCAAUUCCGAUUCCGGUCAGACGCAGAUUCCGGGAUUCUUCACCAACCAUAAAGAACGCCAUCCUCCCCAGAACCCCAUACCUCAUACCCCAGAUUUUCAGCACCAUGGCUUCCCCGCACCCUUUCGCCGGAAAAGUAAUCGCCAUCACCGGCGCCGCCUCAGGCAUCGGUCUCUCGCUCGCGACUUAUCUCGCUAUCCGCGACGCCACCCUCUCCCUCGCCGACAUCAACGACGCCGCGCUCGCCACAGCCUCAGCAUCCAUCCUCGCUGCCGCCCCAGGAACAAAGCUGAUCACCACAGCAGUCAACGUCCGCUCCGCCGCCUCAGUGCGCGCCUGGAUCUCCGGAACCGUUGAGAAGCUCGGCCCCCUAGACGGCGCGGCAAAUAUCGCGGGCGUGCUAAACAAGACGCACGCUGGCGGGUUCACAGCGAUUACGGAAGUGGAUGAUGAUGAGUGGGAUUUCUUGCUGGCGGUAAAUCUGACGGGGGUAAUGUACUGCAUGCGGGAGGAGCUGAAAGUAAUAAAGGACGGCGGGAGUGUGGUGAACGCGUCGAGCAUUGCUGGACUGCACGGUGCGGCCGGGGGCGCGGCGUAUACAGCGAGUAAGCAUGGGGUUGUGGGACUGACGAAGAGCGCAGCGAAGGAUCCGACGGUUGCGAGUAGGGGGGUAAGGGUUAACUGUUUCUGUCCGGCGAUGAUCCAGACGCCGAUGGCUGACCUAACCAUGGAGAUAUACCCGGAUUACGUGCCGUCGAACCCAUUAGGGAGGAUAGGGAAGGCGGAAGAAGUAGCAAGUCUCGCUGCUUUUUUACUGGGAGAUGAGAGUCGAUUCAUCACAGGGGUUGCGUAUUCGAUUGAUGGAGGAGAGCUGGCGUGA